AUGAGCCAGAUACAGCGCCUUCCUUGGGACCCCGACGACACAAUGCACUUAGAUGACGUGUAUGUUAACCUGCAGUGGGUACAAGAGGAAAGGAAACCAGCAGGUACCAGUUCUGAUCCAAUCCAUAGCUAUACAUCAAUAUUAGAUACUAAACAAGGGAAGACACCAAAGAGAAUAUUGGUCAGAGGAAAAGCAGGCAUCGGCAAAACCACAUUUACACAGAAGAUGGCAACAGACUGGGCAAAUGCCACACUGGGUUUAGGAGAAUGUGAUGAAGUCCUUUUAAGAUAUAAACAUGUUUUAAUAAUAAAUCUACGCAGCAUUCAGCCUGGUCAAACACUGAAGGAAGCAAUGGAAACACAAAUCACUUGUCCUGCAGAAAAUAGAAAAGCAGUGACAGAUGAAGUCAUGCAAGCUAUAGACUAUGACAGUGACCAUGUUCUGUUGGUCUUUGAUGGUUAUGAUGAAUAUGAUAUCAACACUUCCACAGAAAUCACAGACAUCAUUUACCGAAGACAAUACCAAGGUGUGUGCACCGUCAUCACAACACGUCCAUGGAAGGCAGAAGAACUGAUGAACGGACGAAUAAUAGGCGGUGCGUUUGAAAUCACUGGGCUAACAAAGGACAACAUUGCUGAAUAUGUUGCUAAAUUCUUUAAUGAUGAACAGACGUAUGUUGAGUACCUGGUUUAUAAGCGUUGGGAUGCAUGGGGAUCAAUAGGGAACGGUCUCGUAGGCUACCUAGACGAAAAAGAGCUGAUGUCCCUGGUGAAGAUCCCAAUACUUCUACUGUUCAUGUGUCUCAUGUGGCAAGAAGAUCAAGAAAGUGAUGCCCAGACAGAUUCACUCCCAGCUUCAUUUGCAUUGCUAUACAGGAAAUUAAUACAGUUGCUUUUAAGACGAAGAUACGGCAUCAGAACACAGGAUGAAAUGGAACAGUCUGCAUGUGUUCAAAAACUUGAAAAACAAACAUUUAUCAGCCUUGGCAAGCUGGCUUUCGAUGGACUGGUGAAACCAGAUGGGGGUCUCAUAUUUGAUGAAAAGGACCUGCAGACGAUUCCAGAUGUCAACGAAUUGUACAGUUUAGGUCUACUUAGCAAGUGUAAGGUUCACAGUAACCUUGAUGUUAAACACGAGGUAACUUUUCCACACAAAACAAUUCAGGAGUUUUUUGCGGCAAAAUACCUGGCGAGGAAAUUAGACGAAAGUGAUAGUAACAUUUUAGAUCAGUUAUUUGAAAAUUUAGACACCACUGACAAACUCUAUGACAUGAGCUUUGUGUUACGCCUUUUGUGUGGGUUAUCAAGGAAAGCAACUACCGAAGUGCUACGCAGAGGUGAAGUUCUUCACAACAAAGAUGAUAAACAAGAUCAUAGUCAUAAGAACAUGGACUAUUGCGUUCCUGACACGUGCAAAGAUUGGUAUAAUGAUCUCCUCCUAGAACACUGGUAUGCCUACUGUCCCCAGGAAACCGUGCUGCCCCCUGAGCUUUUCUCCUGGCACACAGAACUUUACAUACCUGAUUCAUUUGAGCACUCUGAUUCCAAAUUCCAGCAGAUCUUGCGGGACAGUAUGUGCAGUCCCCAGAUAUGUUCUGGUUUGAAUGCCGUCAUCAUUGAUUAUGCGGCACUUGAAGUACAUUGUAUCUAA